AUGUCUCAAUCCGGUGCCACCGUUUCGCAGGACUGCAUAACUGCCUUCAACGACCUGAAGCUUAACAAGAAGUACAAGUACAUCGUCUACAAGCUUUCCGACGACUACAAGGAGAUCGUUGUCGAGCACGCCUCCGACAACAGCGACUGGGAGGACUUUCGUGAGAAGCUCGUCAACGCUACCUCCAAGAGCCGAACUGGCGCUGUUGGCAAGGGUCCCCGUUACGCCGUCUACGACUUCGAGUACAGCCUGGCCUCCGGCGAUGGUAUCCGAAACAAGAUCACCUUCAUCGCCUGGUCUCCCGAUGAUGCCGGUAUCCAGCCCAAGAUGAUCUACGCUUCCUCCAAGGAGGCUCUUAAGCGAUCGCUCACUGGCAUCGCCACCGAGCUGCAGGCCAACGACACUGAUGACAUCGAAUACGACUCCAUCCUCAAGACCGUCAGCAAGGGUCUUGCUGGUUAA